CGCUAUAAAACAACCCAUCCAGAUGUCGACAGGUCAUUUACAUCUUGGUUCAGCAGCCAGAUGGACAUCAGAAAAUUUGCACUUUUUGUCUUUCUCCUAAACCUGGGGAUUCUCCCUCUAACUGUAAAAGGUAUGCCACUCUUCUUUUCAUCGUAGGCCGUUGCAAUCUGUAUUUGUACGUUCUUAUACCUAACAAAAGGCAAAUAUUACCUUUUUUCUUUUAACAUAGUUAAAAAUUCUUACAAUUUCAUCUCCUGAAAAUUAAUUAAUCUCGGUCGGAGACUUUCUAUUUUGUUAAUUAUUCUUUAAGGAAAAUGUAUGUACUGGUAUUUAGACCUCAUAUAAAUCUAGAAGGUCUAAUAGUUUCUCUUAUAUUUUUGAAUUUGGCAGUGUUCUAUUUACAAAUGCAAGUUUGGGGAACACAACAAUCCCCUCCCUCUCGUUUAAGUGACUAACUCAGUGCUGGAGCUCGCGACUAGAGUACUAAGGUCAAAGUCACUUAUCGAUGCAUUUUUCCAGCUCAUUUGAUGUGCCAGUUUCUAUACAUCUCACGAUCUCGAGAAAAUGAUUAUAUUACAAAGUUUCCAAUAGAUUAAUUUGUUUGUUGCAACUCUGUUCUUCAAAAUAUAGUACAGUCUGUUCAUUCAGCGGGCUACCACUUGGAUUGAGGGAAAACGAAACAAAAUUGUAAACACAGACAGGUGAUCUAUUCUUGAUACGAUAUUUCAUAUCCUCGAUCAGAAGACCAACAGUUUGAAGAUUUCAGAUCUAGAUUUUGCCAGUGGGGUGAGAUCUUUGAAAUCAAAUUAAACCUGCCCUUUACACUCCACACCCACAUUCUGAUGCAAAGCGAAAGUUUUAAUCCAUUUCAAACUUUCGAAGGCCACAGUGAUAUCUGGCGGUUCAUCAACCCUCCUUUUACAAAAAACCUUAAACGAGUUUUUAUUCUUUGAUUUUCCUAUUUCCGAAUCAGUCAUUCCCGCAGUUCUACCGAUGUUCACAUUUCCUAAUUCGUGCAGCUCUGUUUUAAUCCAAUCAGAGAUAACUGUCAUUGCGGGCUACCCUUUUGGUGCAAGGAACCGAGCUUACUCGACACAUUUAUAUUGUGUGUGCGCGCGUAGCAACGGUAAUCAGUUCAUUAAUCUAGACAUUUAUAUAGAUUUGCUUUCAACAAGUGGAGUAACUGAACAUGAACGAAAAAAAAAACGAGGGUAGACAAACUUUGACUCAAAACAAGUCUAAAGAGAGUUAUUACAGUAGCUAUACUCCGAGUUUGCCCUUUGGACCGCCACGAUCUUUAUUAAAUAUGUCCAAAUCAAGAGAGAAACAUUGAAACUUGAUGAUAAAAGAAAGCAAAAACAAUAUAAAAAUUAGAUGAUAUUAAAAUUUGCAAAAAGAUAUUUACCUCCAACACGAGAAUGCGCUUGUAUCGAACUGAUAUGCCAUUCGCCAAGUUGUUUAGUACAAUUUCAGAAAACCAUAUUGAGUAAUUGAAAUUAAAAAUAUCUGUAUAUAUAGAACUAUUGUUCCUGAAUAUUCUUCACAUAACUACAAGGCAAAUAUUUUACGCCUGGCCUGGAAAUGUAAAGUGAAAAAACGCUAGGCUAUGUUUUUUAAGCUCACAUUUCGGUUCCCUACAACACCACAGGACACUUAUUGCCUCCUAGACUUACGAACCGUAGGCCAAGUUAUUUUUGCAGCGCUAUUUAGAUGAAAAGAAAGUUCAUAAUAUUCUCGCAAAAGAACAGCUUUUGCUGAUACUUCUUUCAAACUGAACUUCACAAAAUGAAGAAGAAUUAAUUUCCUAUCUUCACAUUUUAAUAACACACGAAAGUUUGACUCCUCGCCUUUAAAAUAAACACAGACACACCCCUAGCCUCUCUUUGUUCAUUUUUUUUGAAGCAACACUCCGUCUCGUUCCAUACCAUACCUACACUACAUUGAGACAUUUUUUUUUCUAUUUUACAGGCAUUUCCUAUCAGGUAGGCAAACUAAACGCAUCAGAAACACGUCAAGGAUGGAAUUGCAACAGCGGAUGCAAGGCUCCACAACAUUGUACACUGCCACGUUGCACUAACGUGGUAUUUCCACACACGUUUAGUGGAUCUGGAACCGUAAGUAAAACCUAAGGAAUUAAAAAUUACCGUAUUUCCCCCAAAAAUAGCCGCGAGCGACUAUUCGAGGGAGGCGAUUAUUUCAAAUAUUGCUCACUAGAAGUCGUUCCCUAAAUAUUUUGUUUUAUUAUCUAUUAAAUAAUAAUAGAAAAAUCAUCACAUCAAAUAUACUAUUGAAAUAUAAAAUAUGGCUCCUUGCAUUGGCAGGAGCAAUCCUGUUCCUUGCUUAUUUUUCAAUGUCAAUAUCCUUUGCGUUAAGCUAUGGAAGCACCUUCACCCAUACUUUUCUGGCAGGCACCUAUCAGUUUACUCCAGACGAAGUAGAAACAUUUUACAAGACAACCUAAAAACUGGGUAUUCCGCUUCAAACUUUUUGGCAGUCAUUU